AUGCAGCUCUUACAGCUGGUUUUCUGCGCCUUGCUGGUCCUUCUUGUCUCAGCUCAAGAAAGAUAUCCUGGUCCGCAAAGGACGGAAAUGGAAGAUGGCAAAGAAGUUUGGAAGACAAAGAUACAAGGCUUCAGCGAUACACUUACCUACAGGGGUACCUCCGUUAACCCACAUCGAAGCCUUGAAGUUAACGAUCUCCAGAGCAGGGGUGCCCGCCCCAAGAUGGUCUACAACUGUGCAGUUGUCCCAGCCCUCUGCAACAACGCCCGGGCCAAGCUCAACGGCGGCUCCACAGCCACGUUUCACUACGACUCUGAUGAUAGGAAGAGUAACCGCAAGAACGCCCGUCGGGACACCAGCUGUCCGGGGAACUGGAAAGAUUCGCACACAUGCCCCGAAAGCAACCAGCCACGCGAAUUCUGGUUCACGAAGCCGGGGAAAACGACACUCGAGAAGAAGGCAGUUGAGAUGUGGAGGGGAAAGCGUGGCCAGGACCCGCCGGAUCGGGCACAGUUCGCUGAAUUGGUCAAGAUCGAGUACGAUAACGGCAUUGGGACCGAGACCUGGAGGAGGCUAGGGGCCCAGCUCUCAUGCGACGAAUGGCCAGCGGCAUCUUGGAUCGAAGGGGGUGCAGGAGCAAAUACGUAUUGCGCGCCGAUAUUUGCUAAAUGUGAGACCGUCAAACUGAGGACAGAACAAAACUUUCAGGCUGGUAUCCAUGGCCAGAUCGGCGUGAGCGGCUCCACCCUUAGCCCUAUGUAUAUAGAUAUCAUGCUGAUCCCCUUCACACAACAGAAUUGGUACAACAAUUUCUACCCACAGUGGCCAGAAAAUACAACAUGGACCGACAACGCGGAAAUAAUCCACAACUUGAAUUGGGCGAUUUUUAAAGUUGACUUUGAGCUGGUGAAUGAUGGUGGCCACAAGUAUGCCGCCUGGCUGGAGUCGAAGGGGCGUAAACGAUACUGCGUUCCCGCGGUGGGUGAUGAUGACUGCAAAGUAGAAUGGGACGAGGAUCCCGAUGGCUUUUUCGACCAACUGCCGUAG